AUGGCCCUCAGAUAUCAACAUGGCUUCAGUCAACAGUUUAUACUGGGGACAUCCAAAUGGCUCUUGGUGGCAACAUGGGCCAUGGACAUCAGCACAGACCAUGGCUGUGAUAGGGUCAUGGACCCAGACAUGGCGCUGGAGUACAUCGUGCCGUGCAUGAACAAGCACGGUAUCUGUGUAGUGGACGACUUCCUGGGCAAGGAGACCGGGCAGCAGAUCGGCGACGAGGUGCGCUCCCUACACGACACCGGCAAGUUCACGGACGGGCAGCUGGUCAGCCAGAAGAGUGACUCUUCCAAAGACAUCUGGGGGGACCAGAUCACCUGGAUUGAGGGCAAGGAGCCCGGCUGUGAGACCAUCGGCCUGCUCAUGAGCAUCAUGGACGACCUGAUCCGCCACUGCAGCGGGAAGCUGGGCAACUACAGGAUAAACGGUCGAACGAAAGCCAUUGUUGCUUGUUACCCAGGCAACGGAACAGGUUAUGUCCGUCACGUUGAUAACCCAAAUGGAGAUGGAAUGUGUAUAUAUUAUCUAAAUAAAGACUGGGACGCCAAGGUAAGUGGAGGUAUACUUCGAAUUUUCCCAGAAGGCAAAGCCCAGUUUGCUGACAUUGAACCCAAAUUUGAUAGACUGCUGUUUUUCUGGUCUGACCGACGCAACCCUCACGAAGUACAACCAGCAUAUGCUACAAGGUACGCAAUAACUGUUUGGUAUUUUGAUGCAGAUGAACGAGCAAGAGCUAAAGUAAAAUAUCUCACAGGUGAAAAAAGUGUGAGGGUUGAACUCAAUAAGCCUAAUUCAGUCAGCAAAGAAUUCCCUCAGUUUCUGUUUUGGAAUAUUCAGAACCUGCUGUAG